CAGAAACCCCAUUUAACUUUCCCAUUAUUCUCUGUCUCUGAGUGACUGGUGUUGUCUUUGAGUGAGAGAGAGAGAGAGAAAGAGAGAGAGAGAGAGGAGAGAGGCGGAUAGAAAGAGAGAGAGAGAGAGAUGGCAGCAGGAAGGUCUUGUUACAGAGAUGUGCUUCCGUUUACAGCCAUGGUGGCUAUGGAGUCCACCAACGUGGGAUUGAACACACUGUUCAAAGCUGCAACCAUGAGAGGGAUGAGCUACCAUGUCUUUAUUGUCUACUCUUAUUCCAUAGCUGCUCUUGCUCUUCUUCCAGCUCCCUUCAUUUCCCACAGAUCAAGGAGGCUUCCUCCUCUCAACUUUUCCAUCAUGAGCAAAAUUCUUCUUCUUGGGCUAAUUGGGAGUUCAUCUCAGAUAAUGGGGUUUACAGGAAUCAGUUACAGCUCUCCAACGCUUGCUUCUGCUAUCAGCAACCUUGUGCCAGCUUUCACUUUCAUUCUUGCCAUUAUUUUCAGGAUGGAAAGUGUAGCUUUGAAAAGUAGAAGCAGUCAAGCUAAAAUCUUGGGUACUAUAGUUUCACUUGCAGGUGCAUUUGUGGUGACUUUCUAUAAGGGCCCCCGAAUUUCCCUCACUAGUCAGACACAAUCUCUGAUGCUAAACUCAACAGCUUCAAACUCAGACUGGAUCAUUGGAGGCCUUCUAAUAACAGCUGAGUAUAUAUUGGUGACACUUUGGUACAUUGUUCAGGCACGAAUUAUGAAAGAGUAUCCAAAUGAAUUGACUGUGAUCUUCUUCUACAAUGUUAUUGUCAGCAUCGUAGCUGCAGUUGUUGGUUUGAUUACAGAAAAAAAUCCAAAUGCUUGGAGGUUGAGACCAGAUAUGGCAUUGGUCUCCAUCCUGUGCUCAGGAUUACUAAGCUCAUUAUUGAACAAUUCUGUUCACACAUGGACCUUGCGCGUGAAGGGGCCUGUGUAUGUGACAAUGUUCAAGCCAUUGUCAAUUGCCAUUGCUGUUGUCAUGGGCGUUACGUUCCUUGGUGAUACACUUUGCCUGGGAAGCCUACUUGGAGCAUCGAUAAUAUCGAUUGGGUUUUAUACGGUACUAUGGGGAAAAGCUAAAGAAGACGGUGAAGACUCCGGAGCUAAUAGCCUGGAGUCACCAUCUAGCAACAAGGCCCCUUUAUUGCAAACCUAUAAAACCGAGAAUGUCUAGACCAAACAUUUGUAGCAGUAUGUAUAUACAAGGUGAUCAACACCUAUUUGUUCACUAGAAAUGUUGAAUAUGAUUGUUUUUGGUCGGAUAAGAACAUCAUUGCAAUGGCUCAAGCGAUCAAAAUGCAUGCCUCUCAAGAUUCAACCAAUACACUGUAAAAGCAGUAUUGUCUCAGGUGCAGAAGUUAAAGCCUCAUUUAUCCAACCACUUUUAACUCGAGGAUUUUGAAACGGUAUCCUUGGUGAAGGGUAUCCUAUACAAGACUAAAUACCAGCAUGCAUCUUGGAAACUACCUGCAUGCCCUACACUCUGUACAUAAGAUGUCCAUAGUAGAUUGAAAUACAUUAUUUGCUGAGAAAAACAGUUGUGUAUCUUUGAUAUUCAUGAUAAACACUUUGAGAUUGUAUGAUUUUUAUGGGAUUUUGCAAACGUAUUGAACCAUUAUUUUUA